ACAUGGGAACAGAGAGCCAAGAGGAGCUCUGAGUGCUCUCUCUCUCUCGCAAAGCUUGAUUAUUUAAUACUAAGAGGAACUGAGAAAAUACUCAGCUCUGUAGCCCGCGGGCGGGAAUACGGCCGGCUCCGUUUCGAAGAAAUAAAGAAACGGAGUCUCUGACAAACCGAAGAAAAGCUGAAAAGGGCUUCCAAGGAGGCGACUUUUUGCUUUCCAUCACAUGCAUUCGCUCCAAAGAGGUGAGAUGGAUCGAAUAAAUUAGUGGGCAAACGGCAAAUUAUUGUUUCUUUGGAUAAAUGGUAGCGAAAUUGGGGAAAAAUUUGAAAAGAAAGCAUUUUGGAUUCAAGUACCCCACGCCGAUCGUCAUGUCUGCUGACAUUCCCCACAUCCCUCACGCAUUCCUCUAUUUCCGGCAUUAAUGCCCUCUUUUUGGUUUAAGGUGGGAUCUUUUUGGGCAUUUGCUGGCGGUGAUCCGUGGAGGAAUUGAAGUGGUGGUGGGUAUGGAGCAGGAGUCCAAGUGCCAUUUAUGUGAUAAAUGGUUGAGGUAGCAAGAUGGAUCGCCGGAGUUGGCUUUGGAGGCGGAAGUCGUCCGAGAAGAGCCCCAGUGAGUCUGAGAGCUCGGGAUCGUUGUCGUCUCAUUCUGAGAAGUACUCAGAUGAUCAGGAGACAAUGAAGGGACCUCUAAUUAAUGCUUCUCCAAAUCAUGCCCAAACACCAGAGGUUUCAUCAAACAUUGGUGAUCGUGAAGUCCAUGAAACUGUGAAGAGUUUGACUGAGAAACUUUCAGCUGCUUUUCUGAAUAUCCAUGCUAAAGAGGAACUGGUCAAGCAACAUGCAAAAGUUGCAGAAGAAGCUGUUUCAGGCUGGGAACAGGCAGAAACGGAAGUUUCAGCUCUGAAGCGGCAACUUGAAGCUGCAAACAAGAAAAACUCUUCUCUUGAAGAUAGAAUUGGUCACCUUGAUGGUGCCCUCAAGGAAUGCGUCAGGCAGCUCCGCCAAGCAAGAGAGGAGCAGGAGGAGAAAGUCCAUGAUGCUGUCAUUAGAAAGACCCAUGCGUGGGAAUCAGAGAAGGUUGAGCUUGAGAAGCAGCUUGAUGAGCUCAAAGUGCAGCUGCAAACUGCAAAAUCUGAAGCUGCUGCAGCAGUUGACCUAGGUCUUCGAGCAAAACUCAAAGCUACUGAGAAAGAAAAUGCAGCUCUCAAGGUUGAGAUAUUCUCUCAAUCUGAGGAUCUCCGGAUGCUGACACUAGAAAGGGAGCUGAGUAAUCAAGCAGCAGAGACAGCCAGCAAGCAACAUUUAGAGAGCAUUAAAAAGGUUGCUAAACUUGAAGCUGAAUGCCGUAAGUUACGGUCUCGAGGACGUAAAAAAUCACUACCUGUAAAUGACCACAAGCCUAUUGCAAAUGCAAUUUGUGUGGAAUCUGUCACAGAUAGCCAAUCAGAUAGUGGAGAACGGUUGCUUUGUAUGGAAAAUGAGUCAGGCUGCUCAGAUUCUUGGGCAUCAGCUUUAAUUGCUGAACUUGAUCAGUUCAAGAAUGAUAAGGCCAGUGAAAGAAACCUCACUGCUUCUGUAGAGAUUGAUCUCAUGGAUGAUUUCCUUGAGAUGGAGAGGCUUGUUGCUUUGCCUGAAGCUGAUCGUAUAAGUUCUAACAUGGAACUUGAAGCUGAUUCUGCCCGAGUUGGUAUGAGAGAGAGCCCAUUGAAAGUUGAAGCUUUGCAUCAGCAGUUGGCUGAAUUGGAAGAAAAGGUUGCAAAAAUGGGAAGUGAGAAAACAGAAUUGGAGAUGGCUUUAGUAGAUUCACGAAAUCAGUUUGAGGCUUCUUGCAAUCAGCUCGGAGUUGCUGAGGAUAAGUUGCUUGAACUGCAGAGGCAGCUAGACUUGGCCAAUGAAUCAAAACAAGUGGCCACAGCAAAAGUUGUGGCUGUGGAGGCAAAGAGGAAGGCACUGGAGUCUCAGCUAGAAUCAGCAGAAUUGGAAGUUGGAAAGCUAUAUGAUAAGGUGUGCUUGUUAGAAGGAAAAGUUGAGGGCGAGAAGGCACUGUCUGCAGAACUUAAAGCUAGGGUAGAGGCUGCAGAGGCUGCUAAAAGUGUAUUGGAGUCUCAGCUUGAGUCAGCUCAUCUGGAAGUUGGUAGUCUGAAUGAAAUGGUGGGUCUAUUAGAAAGCAAGGUGGUGGAGGAGAGGGCAUCAUCUACAGAAUUUGCAGUAUGCAUGCAGGCUGUAGAGGCUGCGAAAAAGGCAUUAGAGUCUCAGCUUGAGUCUGCACAUUUGGAAGUUAGCAAGCUUCGUGAGAAAGUGGGUUCCUUAGAAGUGAAAGCUGAGGAGGAGAGGACAAAAUCUACUGAAUUUGCAACUAAAAUAGAUGCUGUGGAGGCAACAAGAAAGGCAUUAGAAUUCCAGCUUGAUACAGCACAUUUGGAAAUAGGAAAGCUGCACAAUAAGGUGGAUUUAUUAGAAAUGCAAGUUAGUAAGCAAAAGGCAUUAACCGCAGAAUUUGCUGCCAAGUGUCAGAAAUUGGAGGGUGAGAUAUCAAGGAUAAAGCGAGAAGCUGAGCUCUGGCAAGUUACAAGCUAUGGAGACCUGAAGAUUAAAAAGGAGAGAGAGCUUGCCAUGGCUGCUGGGAAGCUGGCAGAGUGCCAGAAAACAAUUGCCUCUCUCGGCCAGCAGUUGAAAUCACUGACAGCUUUAGAUGACUUCAUGCUUGAAGCCGAGAAGCUAGAACCUAAUGGAGGCUCGCCAGAUCUUCUAUUUCAUUCUAGCAGUUCCUCUGGGAAGAUAUGCAGCUAUACUCUCCCCAGUGGUAAAGAGAGGGGGUCUCCACCGUCUCCACUCUUGUCCUCAUCCUCGACUCUUUCUGGGUUUACAAGCUUCUUGUCUCGAAGUAGGAGCAGCAGUUGUGUAGAAAACUAGUAGAUUAUAGAAAAGCUAAAUGUUUAAAUGGUUUUGGUGUUCACUGUAUUAAAAAUGUACAUUGAAAAGUAGUGCUGUUAGAUUACUGGUAUUUAUUUAUUUAUUUAUUUUAUUCCAUAACAUUCUUUUUUUCUUUUUUUUUGGCGGUUAAUGGUUAGCUGUACAAUUUCUUUUGUUCUAUUGGAAUCCUAAGUUAAUCAGCAGAUGAGAAUGAAGAUUGGAGGGGUUUUAGCUU